AUGCUGGACGCGCAGCUGGUGUGGGCCCGCGACAUCCAGGAUGGUUACAUACAGGGCCGGAUCACGGAAAUCGGUGGCACCGAGUAUGAGGUGCAACCGGUGGAUGGGAAGCUCCCCAAAAGGAGCUGCAUCCCAGAGGACAUCUUCCCGUCCUGUGAAAGGGCCUCGGAUAAUGACGAUAACUGUGAGCUGAUGUUCUUGAACGAGGCGACGCUGUUGGACAACAUCAGAAACAGAUACUACAAAGACAAAAUUUACACGUAUGUGGCCAACAUUCUCAUCGCUGUCAAUCCGUACAAGGAGAUUCCGGAUCUCUACUCAUCAGCGACGUUAAAGCGUUACAGUGGCAAAUCCAUCGGUGAGCUGCCGCCUCAUGUGUACGCAAUUGCUGAUAAGGCGAUCCGCGAUAUGCGCGUACUCAAGAUGUCACAAUCAAUCAUCGUGUCCGGAGAGUCGGGUGCUGGCAAAACCGAAAGCACCAAGUACCUGCUGAAGUUCCUGUGCGAUUCGGUUGCCGCGGCCGGUCCGAUUGAGCAGAAGAUCCUUGAUGCCAACCCGAUCCUAGAGGCGUUUGGUAAUGCAAAGACUACACGCAACAACAACAGCUCACGUUUCGGCAAGUUCAUCGAGGUGCACUAUGACAAGCGUUGUCAGGUGGUAGGAGGUCACAUCUCUCACUAUCUGCUCGAGAAAAGUCGCAUCUGCACACAGAGUGCGGACGAACGUAACUAUCACGUGUUCUAUCUGUUGUGUGCUGGUGCUCCGCCAGCCCUACGCGAAAAGUUGGCCCUUACCAAACCGGACGAUUAUCGAUAUCUUUGUGGGUGUACUCAGUACUUCACGCAUCCGGCUACGGAGUCACGUAUCCCGGCUGGGCAUAAGUCACGGGUGCACAGUACUAAGGGCCCUCUAAAGGAUCCGAUACUGGAUGAUUUCGAUGACUUCCGUCAGCUGGACGAGGCUCUGGGUCGGUUGGGACUCAGUGAGGCUGAACGUACGCAGAUCUACUCGCUAGUGGCCGCUGUGCUGCAUCUCGGCAACAUUCGAUUCGAGGAGAACCCGGAAGACUCGAACGGAGGUUGCCGGAUCACGCAGGAUUCGCAGAUGUCGCUCAAUGUGACCGCGCGUUUGAUCGGAGUUGAUCCGUCUGAGCUGCGCCAGGCACUGAUGUCACGUGUGAUGAAGAGCAAAGGCGGUGGCAUUAAGGGUACUGUCAUUAUGGUGAUGUUGAAGGUGUAUGAGGCGAAUAAUGCACGCGAUGCACUCGCCAAGGCGCUCUAUUCGAAGCUUUUUGACCACAUCGUGGCGCUUAUCAAUCAGAACAUUCCGUUCCAGGCGUCCAGCUACUACAUCGGUGUUCUCGACAUCGCUGGUUUUGAAUAUUUCACCGUAAAUUCUUUUGAACAGUUCUGCAUCAACUACUGCAAUGAAAAACUGCAGAAGUUUUUCGACGAUAACAUUCUGGCCGCCGAACAGGUGCUGUAUGCGCGCGAGGGUUUAAACGUGCCGGAAAUCAAGUACACCGAUAACCAGGAUAUUAUAGAGUUGAUCGAGUCGAAAUCGAAUGGCAUUUUUACGUUGUUGGAUGAGGAAUCCAAGUUGCCGAGACCGUCGUAUUCCCACUUCACGAAUGAGGUGCACUCAUCCUGGAACGGUCACUACCGGCUAUCGUUCCCUAGAGCAUCACGUCUGAAAGCUCACCGGUCCUUGCGCGAUGACGAGGGCUUUCUAGUUCGUCAUUUUGCGGGUGCAGUGUGCUACAACACGAAUCAAUUCAUCGAGAAGAACAACGAUGCGCUUCACGCGUCCCUGGAGGGUCUAGUGCAGGAAUCGGAAAACGUGCUGCUGAACACAUUGUUCAGCGGUGGUGGUUCCGGCAAGGCGUCCAUGAACGUGGGCAAAUUGGCAUUUAUUUCCGUUGGUUCAAAGUUCCGGUCGCAGUUGAGCGAGCUGCUGGAGAAGCUACGCAACAACGGAACUAAUUUCAUCCGGUGCAUCAAGCCGAACAGCCGUAUGAUAGAUCACGAAUUCGAGGGCAGUCUUGCACUAGCACAGCUGAAGUAUUCUGGCACCAACUCGGUGCUGGAGCUGAUGGAGUACGGCUACCCUUCUCGGGUGCCUUUCAACGAGUUGUACAACAUGUACAAAAGCUAUCUGCCACCGGAGUUGGCCCGGCUAGCACCACGCACUUUCUGCGAGGCGAUGCUGCAGUCGCUGAAGCUCAAUUCGAACGAGUUCAAGUUUGGCAUCACGAAGGUGUUCUUCCGGCCGGGGAAGUUCGUCGAAUUCGACCGGAUCAUGCGUUCCGAUCCGGAGAACUUGCAGGCAAUCGUUGCGAAGGUUAAGAAGUGGCUGAUUCGCUCACGCUGGAUCAAAUCUGCCUUCGCCGCCAUAUGCGUCAUCAAACUGAAAAAUCGCAUAAUCUUCCGCAACAAGUCGGUCGUGCUGCUGCAAAAAACCAUCCGUGGCUACCUGGUACGCAAGCAGCAUCAACCACGCUACCGGGGUAUCGCCAAGAUCAAGGCGUUGGAGGACAACCUGCACAAGAUGCACGCUAUCACUGACCAGCUCAAGGCAGACCGGGAAAAGAUGCAGGCAAACAUCCGUGUCGUGCAGGCGUCCCUGAAGGUUGCCAUUGACAUUAUCCGCUCAAAACCGACGAUCGGAGCCGCGGCCAUCGAUCAGCAGUAUGCAGAUAUCAUGCGCAACAUCGACACCAACAUGAAGCUGAUCAAUGCCCGCCUGCAGGAGCAACGAAAUGCCGAAGAACAGGAACGGCUGAACAAGAUCAAGCUCGCACUGGAGGCGGAACGGCGAGCCAAAGAGGAAGAAGAGCGCCGUCUGCGAGAGGAAGAAGAAACCCGGAAGAAAAAAUCGGAAAUAGAGGCGCGUCGCAAGGAGGAGGAAGCCAAGCGCAUACGCCAGGAAGGCGAAGAUCGGAAGGCUGCCCUUGCCCUACAGGCACAGCUGGAAAAGGAAGCCCAGGAAGACAUUCAGUACCGUCAGCAGCUGGAGCAGGAGCGGCGCGAUCACGAGCUUGCCCUACGGCUGGCCCAAGAGUCCAAUGGGCAGGUUGAGGAUAGUCCACCGGCCCUAAGAAACGGUACGCCAGAGGUCACGCCAUUGGGCAACGCAAACCGACUGAUAAGGUCCGAAGCGAUCCGUGCACAACAGCAACUGGUUGAAAAGCAAAAGCACGAUCUAUCUAAGUGGAAGUAUUCCGAGCUGCGAGAUGCGAUCAACACCAGCUGCGAUAUCGAGCUACUGGAGGCCUGUCGUCACGAGUUCCACCGUCGCUUGAAGGUGUACCAUGCCUGGAAAGCCAAGAACCGCAAGCGCACGACAAUGGAUGAAAACGAACGGGCGCCUCGAAGCGUAAUGGAGGCUGCUGCACGGUCACCGGCACGGUUGACUCCGAAGCAAGAAAUCGUACCGACCGGAAGCGUUCAUCGCUACUUCCGUAUUCCUUUCGUACGGCCGAACAACGGAGGCCCAGAGGUGGCGAUGGCAACCAACGCAGACGAUAGCAAACGAAGCUGGUGGUUCGCCCACUUCGAUGGUCAGUACGUCGCUCGUCAGAUGGAGUUGCACACCGACAAGCCGCCCAUCCUGCUGGUGGCCGGCAAGGACGACAUGCAGAUGUGCGAGCUCAGCUUGGAGGAAACGGCACUGACUAGGAAGCGUGGUGCCGAAAUUUUGGAGCACGAGUUUAACCGAGAAUGGGAACAGCACGGCGGGAAACCGUACAACCGACUGAGCACUAGGAAGUAGGGACUGGUAUGUGGACACCACGUUCUCAGAGCCGGUGCGAAAGGAUCCGUUUUAGCUAAAUGAACCCAGCCGAAUAGAAGGCAACCUGGGUCUCGACAACGAGACCUCAACGACGAGCCAAUGUUGGUAAUGACUAGCAAGUAACUUUAACUAACACUUGAAAUAUGCGUUAUCAGUAUCCUUUAUACUAUUCCAUUCAAACAGUAUUAACUGCUUCUACUACUAGAAUGGAGUAUUAUUAAUAUUAUUACCAUUAGAGCAUUUGUAGCAGGAAACUGGAUUAUACUUCCUUGCCCUUGCGAGGGCCCUUUCAACACUAGUUAAUCAUUACGACUAUUCAAUUUGUUAAGUAAGUCACGUUCACUUGUACACGUGGUGCGUAUAGUCUUUCCAUGGUGCUACUGCCAAACGAGCGAUUUCUUUCACAUUGCAACUUCAGGUCCCUCAGACUAGUGGUGCUAUCUCUUCAAGACAUUAUUAUGACUGUUGGCUUUUUUAAAAACUAGACGAGAAAGUAAAAGUGUUGGUAGACGUAGGAACUAUGGCUCUUUGCCCGCCCGUUUUCCUGGCAAGCCUUUUUCCCUAGUAUGACUGCGAUGUGCGGAAAUGUUUGCAGUGUCUUGCUUUGGUGCCUUGAACGAAACAAAAUUGCAGUGAAGAAGGAUUCAAAUGGAUGAAAAGGUGCGAAGUCACAGCAUACAUCAACGGAUGUAGAAUCGUAGCUAGCAAAAAAAUCUGAAUGUGAAGGAGCUAUCGUGGAAGGAUAUACGCCAUCAGACGGGCUACAAGCGAAAUGGGGACAUGUGUUUUGCGUUUGUGAGGAUAAUCAAAACAAAAAAAAAGAAUCAGAUAAAAAUUUAUAAAAGUAACGUCAAACGUUUCCAUCGAGACUGUUUUUACUACUGCUCCAGAACCACAUUAUUAUCUUAUUAAUAUUCCAAUUUAUUCACGAGGAUGCAAAUCAGAAUUUAAUAGGUGAAUUUAUUUUGAAGACUAUAUUUAUCAGCUAAAACAAACUAUGCUAAUUUCACGAAUAAAAUCCGAUGGAUGAUUUCAAAUUCUACGUUUUUACAUUGUGAACUAGUUUCGCUGUUAUUCUGGUCCAAUAGAAAUUCUAUGAUAAUUCCCUGAUGUUUCCAGCAUUGCAUAGGCAUUUAUCUGUAUAAUUUAAAUUAUAUUUAGUUCGUAAUUCCAAUCCGAACAGAAUUACUACACAUUUUGAACGAUGCUUUUUUUCGACUCAAUCAAGCGGUUUAAACGUGGUGCUAUGAUUUCAAAUAAAAAAAAUAAACAUAGGAGCAGCAUGUGAGUUGGCUUUACGAUAGAGAAACUUUUACUUUUGUUUAGUUGUUUUCAUUUUACCCUUUUACUCUUUUAAUUAAAGGCCUUAUUGGCAUGCAUAUCAUGUUCAGAAACCUAUAAAACGAACUGAUCUUAAAUAGUAC